GUCUCGUGUUCGUGCAGAAAAAGAAGCCAGAAGGAAGAAGCCAUUGGAGAGAUCAUUGUGAUGGACUCUAAUUUUUUACCCGAAAAGACUCUCAUCUCUAGCCUAAGUUAUCGAUCUCGUGAAAAGGAGUAACUAGGAGGUAGCACGAAAAAUGAAAUAACGCAAAAAGGUUGCCAAGAGACACCGUUUGCGAGAUGAUGCAAAGACAAAGACGCGUUUUGAGACUUCCUUCGAUGAUAUAAUAUUCAACAGCUGGAACAAGCAGAAGUGAAAUAACCAAAAAUGGACCCUUCCCCAGCCUUCCGAGCCUUCUCAAGGCCACUAGGUGAGGACAGCACAAAAACUUCAACUCCUGCUGCUAGCCGCGUCCUUUUCCUCGAGGAUUUAAGCUGUGCGAUGAUCGCCGUUUUCGGCUUCAAAUUCAAGAAGCACGACUUAGAAAUGUCGAUACAUCGGCAUCACAAGAAGCAUGCUGCGGUCAACAUGGAGGUCCAUCCCGAACAUGGACAGGGUGAAAGUGAGUCCGAGUUCCUCACUGAGUCCGAGUUCCUCGCUUUAGUAGCUGAGCGACGGCAGCUUCUCGACAAUAUGACGGAUCCGUUAUACAAACAGUUUUGCGCACUCGACGCGAGAAGUAGAGGCCAAGUUUCCCGAGACGACCUAGAAACGUUCCUCCCCAAAUCAGUAGCCUCCCAACUUCUUCGGGGAGUAGCACCCGGAAAGGAUUGCUUCACGUUUCAAGACUACAGUGAGUUUUUGAGAGGUCAUGGGGGUUCGAAACAGCAGGGGUCAACUAGAAAUACAAAUGCGCUGAAAAAAGAACAUGGUGGACUUGGAGGAAGUGCGUUUGCCAUGGAUGUGGAAUAAGUCUAGAUUUAAUGAAGAGACGCAUGUGACUACAUUUUCAUAUCCUAGCUAUAGAAGUAUCGAAAAAGCAGCGAGGUCCAGGGAGCU